UGAAGAUUCAUAGGUUUCCAUUUUAUCAUAGUUGCAACAGCUUCAUGUUAGAUUGAGAUGUUUUAAUAAUAACUCUGAGAUGGAAAACCCUAGAAAAUAAUCUAAACCCUAGAAAACAAUUCACAAUGACACAUCCAUCCUCAGCUGAGGGAUAGAUUCAUUAGGUUAGAAAUCUUAGUUAGGGUUUCUGCUGCUGUGACAAAAAACACCACGACCAAAGAGCAAGCUGGGGAGGACAGGGUUUACUAGGAUUACACUUCAACAUUGCUGCUCAUCACUGAAAGAAGUCAGGACAAGAACACAAAACAGGGCCAGGCUGCAGUGAUGAAGGGCUUCUGCUGCGUUUUGUCAUCCUAGCAGAAGGCAGGACUCUGGAACACUUUCUGCUGCCUGUGUAUCUUCUGAACUGACAGUUUACCAGAAAGUUCCAGUCACUGCACAGUUUCUUCCAAUCUACCACUGUUAAGACACUUCCUACCGCCCAUCCUUUCCUCUUGGAGAGGAGUUGCAGGCAACGUCAGUAAAGAGUCUCUCACCUCGACUGUUGUGGUUGCCCUUACCAUCAUGCCGAAGAAUAAAGGCAAAGGAGGCAAAAACAGGCGCAGAGGUAAAAAUGAAAAUGAAUCUGAAAAAAGAGAGUUGGUGUUUAAAGAAGAUGGGCAAGAGUAUGCCCAGGUGAUCAAAAUGCUGGGAAACGGACGAUUGGAAGCAAUGUGUUUCGACGGUGUAAGGAGGCUGUGCCACUUCAGAGGAAAGCUGAGAAAAAAGGUUUGGAUAAAUACCUCAGACAUUAUAUUGAUUGGUCUACGAGACUAUCAAGAUAACAAAGCUGAUGUAAUCUUAAAGUAUAAUGCAGAUGAAGCAAGAAGUCUGAAGGCGUAUGGAGAACUUCCAGAACAUGCGAAAAUCAAUGAAACAGACACAUUUGGUCCUGGGGAUGAUGAUGAAAUCCAGUUUUAUGAUAUUGGAGAUGAUGAUGAAGACAUUGAUGAUAUCUAAGCUAACCUAAGCAUGCUACAUCCCAAGUUUUCUGAAGAUAGUUUGCAUACUUGGGAUCUUGACCUUUAGCUGUUAAGUAAAACUUCUUUUAGCAUGAGUAUGACUUGUUAAAGCAGAUUGAUGCAUUUUUAUUUUUUGAAGUAUUAUAUUUCUUUGAAAACGAAAGAUGUUACUGUGACAUGUUAACCCUUUGUUCUUAUAGAUGUAACUGAACUUAGGGGUAGAGCAGUGUGCACUGCUGAGACUGCCUUUCCGUUUGGGACACUUCAUUUCUGGCACGUGAGUGCUUUGUGUCUGCAGUUCCUCCUGUCGAGCAUCCUGGGCUGAAUAUGCCCCAGUUCCAGCACAUCUGCUUCAGGCCCUUAGGCCUUGAGACUUGAGUCAGAUUUCCACAUUUGUAGUAAGAAUGCAGCUGUUUUUGUACUUAUGGAGCCAUGCCAUUUUAUACUUUUCAUGUUCUGUACAUUUUAGCCUUUAUGUUGUUGCCACCCAUAAAUAGGCAUUUUGCAGUGCAGUUUUUAAAUUACAUCAGUAGCAAUUUUGAGUUUUAAAAAUUAGCCAUUGCAGAAAUUAAACACUUAGGUGAUAAUCAUCUUGACUUUAGAAAUCCAGUAGUUGACAAUGUUUAUAUGUAAUUUUUACUUUCCUAAGGCAUACGCAAGAAUUGAAAAUAAAAAGUGAAAUAAAUACGUUCUGAUACUUGCGGAGAGAAGGUGGUUGUUA